CUGCUCCACACGGACGGGCCCGCCCCCGAUUCAGACGGAGCCCGCCCUCAGCUUCGGCCUCCACUGGCCUCCCUUGGCCCGGUCCCUUGUGGGUAAUCUCCGCGAGCGAGAGGAAGCCAGCGCGAGGUGCGGCUAGAGCGUCCGUCCCAACUCGUAUGCUCGGCGGCCUUGGCAGCUAGAGCGUCCUCCCCAACUCGUAUGCUUGGCGGCCCGGACAGCUAGAGCGUCCCUCUCAGCUCGUAUGCUCGGCGGCCCUGGCGGCUAGAGCGUCCUCCCCCAGCGCGUAUGCUCGGCGGCCCUGGCGGCUAGAGCGUCCUCCCCAGCGCGUGUACUCGGCUGCUCUGGCAGCUAGAGCGUCCCUCCUCCGGGGAGCCUCGUGUGACCUUCCCGCCGGUGGAGCGAUGCUGCCGGCGGCUGCUCGCCCCCUAUGGGGGCCGUGUCUAGUGCUUAGGGGCGCCGCGCUCCGUUUCGCCAGGCAACAGGUGCCGCGCGUCAGCACCGUGCGGCUGAUGCGAUGCAGCAGCCAUCGGAGGGGAGAGGCCCUCGCCGGCGCACCCCUAGAUAACGCCCCCAAGGAGUACCCCCCCAAGAUCCAGCAGCUGGUCCAGGACAUUGCCAGCCUCACGCUCCUGGAGAUCUCAGACCUCAAUGAGCUCCUGAAGAAAACGCUCAAGAUCCAGGAGGUGGGGCUCAUGCCCAUGGGGGGCGCAAUGCCCGCUGCUGCCCCUGCCGCCGCAGCCCCCGAGGCGGUGGAGGAAGAAGACAUCCCCAAGCAAAAGGAGCAGACACACUUCACCGUCCGCCUGACCGAGGCGAAGCCGGUGGACAAAGUGAAGCUGAUCAAGGAGAUCAAGAACUACGUCCAGGGCAUUAACCUUGUGCAGGCGAAGAAGCUGGUGGAGUCGCUGCCCCAGGAAAUCAAAGCCAACGUCGCCAAGGCCGAGGCGGAGAAGAUCAAGGCUGCGCUGGAGGCGGUGGGCGGCACCGUGGUCCUGGAGUAGGCUCCCUGAGAACUGUGGACUGGGGUCCCUGGGACCCGGGAGAGGCCCGGCCGCCCCGCCCAGCACCCAGGCUCAGCUGACCGGCACCUCAGAGCAGAAGGGCACACCCACCCGCCACUGCGCGCAGCCGGGCCCUGGAUCAGGCAUGGACCUACCGAACGGGCAGGGGGCAGCGCUGCCUGUGGGCACCGGGCCACACUCUGGACCGCCCACGGGUUUACCACGCGCCCCCUGGUGGCCGCUGAGAAAAUACAUGGUUUGGGCCAUGCA